AUGGGCAAUAAACAAUCUAUUAAAAAUGAGGAAAGAAGUAGUAGUGAUGAUGAUAGUGGUUUAUCAUAUUAUCAGAUACAAGCUAUUCAAAGAGCAUGGAGGCAUAUGAGUAAAGCUGGGCAAGCAUCAUGUGGAAGAGUGAUAUUUCAAAGGUAUGCAACUAUAGAUAAGUUAUCUACUUAUCGAGAAAAACCUAUUGAAUGGGGAAUUUUAAAACAUGGUGAAGAAAUAGUUUGUUUUUUAAAUUAUAUAAUUAAAAAUCUUAACAAUCUAGAGUUGAUUGAAGAAAAAUGUCAAGAUUUAGGGAAAUCUCAUAGAACGAUGAAACAAUAUGGAAUGAAAGAGGAACAUUGGGAUAUUCUUGGUGAAGCAAUUUCAGAAACAAUUUGUGAAAAUUAUGCUUGGAAAAAGAAUCGUCAAUUGUUAAAAGCUUCGAAUAUUUUGACAAAUUUUAUCAUUGAUAGAAUUAGAUCUGGUUUUGUACAAAAAGAAGUAAAAAUUACAAAAUUACCAAUAAAAUGUUUAACACCAGAAAACAAAUUAAAACAUUUAUGCAUGAAACGAUGUAAUACCAUUGGAAAUGGUGAAUUUUGUUUAAAAAAAAUUAUUCAUUCUCCAAUUCGUACAAAAUAUUCUGUUAAUCAUAAUAUUAUCAGAGCUAAAAGUGUUGAUAAUAAUGAAAAUCCAAAAAGGCGUAUAUUACCAAGUAUUCCACACAUAGAAACAAAGAAAAUAGAACAAGAAGACUAUACACAUAACUUUCAAAGAAGGAUAUCUUCAAAAAUAAUACAAUACAAUAAAUCAACUAUUUUGAAUAGAAGUCGACCUUGUAUUUGUAAUUUCACAAACAUUGAUUAUGAUUUGGAAGGAAACAUUAUUAUGUGUAAAGAAAAAUUUCAAAAAAAAUUCAUGUGA